AUUUUUCUUCAUUUAAGGAUUUCAACCUCGCACCUCAAACGCCGUCAUUUCGAGAAACUAAAAACUCUUAAAGAGCGAAGACCAUGGCCGAUCAGCUUACGGACGAUCAGAUCUCUGAGUUCAAGGAGGCCUUUAGCCUCUUUGACAAGGAUGGCGAUGGCUGCAUUACUACCAAGGAGCUGGGUACUGUGAUGCGAUCACUUGGUCAGAAUCCUACUGAGGCAGAACUUCAGGAUAUGAUUAAUGAAGUUGAUGCUGAUGGAAACGGGACCAUUGAUUUUCCCGAAUUCCUUAACCUGAUGGCUAGGAAGAUGAAGGACACUGAUUCAGAGGAAGAGCUAAAAGAGGCUUUCAGGGUUUUUGACAAGGACCAGAAUGGUUUCAUAUCUGCUGCCGAGCUUCGCCAUGUCAUGACAAAUCUCGGUGAGAAGCUUACGGACGAGGAAGUCGAUGAGAUGAUCCGUGAAGCUGAUGUUGACGGUGAUGGGCAGAUCAACUAUGAGGAGUUUGUCAAAGUCAUGAUGGCCAAGUAAGGAUCUCCUCAUUCAUAACCAAGAUCCAAAAAUGGGUUAAAAAAAGGGACCAGGAUUCAGGGCAGAUAAGUUUGCUAAGAUUUCUAUUUAUAUCAAUAGGACAUCUAUGUUUCUAUGUUACUAGCUAUCGGUUUGGUGUCUGUUUCUUUGUUUGCAUUAUUUCGUGGACCGGACCUUCAUAACCUACUUGUUUGCUCUGUUUUUUUCCCGUUAGUUCAUGGGUUGUUGGUGUCUUAUUUUUGUUUUACAAUUUGGUGUUUUCUUUCUA